GCAUCUCUCCGCGGUACUGAUCUUGGUCUCUUGCCAUGCAUUUAUGCACGGGGAAGUCAAUGGGGAACAGAGCAUCGACAUCGAGGAUUAUGACACCAAAGGUGGAAUGCUUGUUGGAUUCCUUGAGAAACUUAAGGAUACCCUGAAGACCGGAAAUCAAGACUUGGGCAUUCCCGUUCUCGAUCCUCUUCAAAAGGAGCACGUGAACGUGGACUUGAACGCGAAAGGAGUGAUCGAAUUGAAAGGAGCGUUGGAUAAUUUUCGCGUGCACGGUUUAUCCUCGUAUACCGUGAAUCAGGGAGACUUCAAGCUGGCUGGAUUUCUAGCAAACAUCAGUCUUACGUGGAACGAGAUCGAUCUUAUGACCAAAUACAACGUAAACGGAAAACUCGCCGAUUUAAUAUCCAUCUACGGAGACGGAAUUAUUAUGGUUCAAGGUAAAGAUCUUACGGUAAAGGUAGACGUGAAACUGAGCAUAAACGAUGAGAGGAAAUUGUAUGUUAAAAACCUGAGCUUGCACGUUCAUUUGAAACAACUUCAAUUUCAAAUCACCGGAUUGAAUAACGACGCAGAACUCUCGAAACUCGUGAGCAGCAUCGUUUCCGAUAUAACGCCACAACUGAUCGAGGACUACCAAGAACAACUCUCGCAAACCGUCAGCCCGCUCGUUAUCAACGAGUUGAACCAACUCCUCAAGGACAUGACGCUGGAUAAAUUGAUAGAUAUAAUAACUGGUAAAUCUUCACCGGCGUUGAGUUAA